CCAUUGAAGGUGAACUGGAAAAAUCCAUCUUCAAAGCUGGUGGCAUUCGAGACAGCAAUUUUGGAAAUUUUUAUAAAAUUGGCUGGGCAAGAAGUAGUCGAACCGAUAAAGGAGUUCAUUCCUUGGCGACCAUGAUAUCUCUUAAAAUGGAGAUUCCUGAAGAUGCAUGGGAGGAUGAUCCAAAUGGGAUCACUCUUGCCAACUGUGUGAACUCAAGUCUUCCAGAGAAUAUCAAAGUUUUCGGUAUUCUACCCUCAAAAAAGAGGUUUGAUGCCAGAAGAGAAUGUAAUGCACGCAAGUAUUCUUAUCUCAUUCCUGCUGAAAUCAUCGGGAUAAAGAAUGAUUCAACUUCUUCUGAAAUCGAUUACCAUUUAGCCAAUUUUGAUCACAUACUGAAAACUUUCGAGGGAGAACAUCCUUUCCACAAUUACACAAUACGGUCCAAGUAUAGGAAAUCAUCUCCUGCCAGAAACUCAUUAAAAAAGGACAGUCUCUUAAGAAAAGGGAGGCCCUUUAGGGAAAAAGAAAUAUCUGGGUGUGAGGAAAGUGAUGGAGAAGAAAUCUGCAAAGAGAAGGGGGUUGUGACAAUUGCUGAGGCUGAAAAUCAAAAUUCAGCAGGCAACUGUAAUGAGAAAGCCAGUCAUACAAAGGAUCUCAAUUCUGUUUUACCAAUUCAAGCAAGAUGGCUCAAUGAACCUGAUGCAAAAGAUAAACUUAGCUCUGCCCAUUUCCGAAGAAUUUUUCACUGUCAUUGUAGAAAGUUGGAGAAGUUGUUCGGCAUGAAUUAUGUUGAAGUUUCCAUCUGUGGAGAGUCAUUCAUGUUACAUCAAAUACGCAAAAUGAUAGGGACAGCAGUCGCAAUAAAACGCAAUCUUCUACCCCCUGAUAUUUUGAGAAUGUCAUUAUGCAAGUUUUCAAGGAUUGUCUUACCCCUAGCCCCAUCAGAAGUUUUGAUUUUGAAGGGGAACAAUUUUGCUUUGAGAAACCAUCCUGGCAACAUAAUAAGACCUGAAAUGUUGACAUUGUUGGAAUCAGAUGAUAUUAUCAAGGCAGUUGAUGACUUCUAUUACUCUACGAUGUUACCUCAGCUUUCUAAAUUUUUAGACCCUUCGAAAUCCCCUUGGAGUGACUGGGUUGAAAUACUGGACGCAAACACAAGCAUUCCAGAAUACCAAUUAGAAGAAGUAAGGGUUGCUUGGAAAUUGUGGAAGGCACAGUAUGAUAGCAGAGCUAAGUUUCCAUCACUAUUGGCUCAAGAGCCUGGUGUCUUCUGAUGGAUGGUCAAAUAGUAGGGAGAGUGAAAUGUGUCAAUCAGCAUCAAAGAUAAAACCUCUGUUUGGUAUAUGCUGAAACAAGGAUGGAAAUUCUCAACUUGGAAGCCAUUCGAAGGAAAUCCAUUCCCUUUUUUCCUGUACAACCAAAUAUUAUCUCUAAGAAAAAUGACCUUUUGGCAUGAAGUAGAAAACAUGUCGAGAAGACCGUUCCACAAUCAAUAUUCCUGCCUAUGUUUAAAUCCGAUCACCAGACAACUAACACUCUGCCCGCUUCGCAAAUUUAUGCUUGCCUCCAUUUCUUCUAGGCUGAACCCGAGGUGGUCUCUUCUCGAUCCAUUAGCCUUUAAUCUUUUUAUUGUAUUUGUUAAAAUAUGAGUAGGAAUAAAAAUAACAUAUACUUGGAAUAGGAUUGGAAUGUAGUGAUUAUAAAUAGGGUCUUAGUGUAAUACUAUAGAAACACAAUUUAGUAAUAUUAUUUUACUAUAUUUCUCACAUGAUAUAAGAGCCUCUAUGAUUUUGGUAGAGCAUUAAAGAGCCUCCACUGUCGGUGGGCGGCUAUUACCCA